AUGAGGCCUAAUGUCGCAGCAUCAAUCGAAAACCUACCGUUGGAGCUGCAGGACCUCAUCCUUUGCAUGCUUCCAGAUGUGAGGUCUCUUGCGAAUGCUGCUGUAUCAUGUCGUGCACUUCACGCCCGUUUCCAGAGUGACAGGGCCCGCCUAAUCCUCCAGGUCCUCUCAAAUCAACUUGGUCCAGCCCUACCAGCAGCACUUCUUGUUCAGUCAUGUCGCUCGCCACCUAUUAAAAGCCGCAACCGCCAGCCCAGUGGUCCGUCCGACACUGACAGCCAUGAGUUAAUGACAUAUGCCUCCAGCUUCAUCCGGAACGACUUGCGGAGGCCCACGCAAGAUGAAAUGGCUGUCUGCAACAUGACCGACGCUCUUGAGAUAGCGAAUUUCUACUCUCACGUCGAAUUCUUCACUGAGAAGUUCCUUCAAGCCUGCUCGGAAUCCAAUCCACGAGUCGGGGACAGUUUCGCACGACCUCCAACAUCACGUGAGAAAGCGAGAAUUGCCAAUGCCAUGUACACCUUUGAACUCUUCCGGCGACUGUUUGGAAAUCUAAGUCUAGGGGACCUCUCCGAACUUGUUCCUCUGUUUUUCUCCAAGCUCGCCCCGUGGGAAGGUGCCCAACUUGGCUGCGUUCAUGACUUCCUUGCUCGGGAGGUCAUCCCAGCUUACAAUGAGCUUGCGAUGCAUGACAUAACCUGGGCGGAACACUCGGUCGUCGCCACUUGCGAUCUAUCGUCGCCUCAGAUUCAGUUCUUUCUGUCAAAGGGGCUGCCAAAUCUGCAUGUCAUAGCAACAGCAACCUCAUAUGAAGAGAAGGCUCUCGCUUUUGCCACGAACACGGGACCACCAGGAAUUAGUUAUUAUUUCCUCAUGGCGGCACUGGAAAUGAUAGAUGCCGCAGAAGACCUCAAUGAAGAUGAGCUCACGUCCAUCGUCACAGCACACCCUCUCUACGAGGACUGUGAUCCUGGCCCCAAACAAAUAUGGGAGUUAUCAAAAGGGCAACGUCAAGUGGCGAUUUACGGAUCACUCGACUGGGCAUACCGCCGGUGGGGUUAUGUUAUGUGGGACUGCGAACGACUUGACGCGCUGGGUGCUUUAGAUGUUUGGAACCCGGAACAGGAAGAAGAGCCAUAUGUCGAGGCCGUUUCGCACGAGAAUAUGUGGAAUUCGAUCAAGUGGAGGACGGAGAUAUACUGGGCCGGUGGGCGCGGAUGGUGGGAUGAGAACGACCAAUCUCACAUUGUUUGGCCCGACAGGGAAAAUGGCGAGCCCGCGGCUCGAGGUCAACACGUGCCAGCUACCCUCGAUGAGGCCAAGAAACUCUGGCGGCACGUUUCCAGGAAGAUUAGCAUGCGUUGA